AGCUUGUCAAGAUGGUGAUAGCCAAUCAAAAUAUGUUGUUCUUGGUGGCAUUUGCUCUGCUUGUCCUAAAUUUUGCUUUUCCUACAGAAGCCAGAAGGCUUUCAACAAAGGCUUCUUCCAACUUGGUGCUUGUUGAGAAUGAAAAUAAAGGCCCGACUCUGACAUCUAGACUUAGCCGCAGAAUGUCUCAGAGUUCUCCUCCAUCACCUUCAACACCCCCAUUUCCCCCAAUAUUUCACCCCAUUCUAAGGGCUGAGAGUGUAAACUUAGGUCCUAAAUUUGAGAGUUUUAAUUUUGGGAUGUUGCCUAAAGGUCCUGUUCCUCCAUCUGGGCCUAGUCGUGGAACAUCUCCGGGUACUCCCCCCUUGCCCCCCAUAUAAGGCUGAGAAUGUUAGAUCGCUAAGAACUAAGCCUAUGUUGUAAUGUAAUAAAUCACAAAACUCCUUCUUGUUGACAUAUUCAAUUAUUCAAUUCCAACUAUGAUGUUAUAAUA